UUGUCAAACCUUUUGGUCAAAAUUGAGUUUCAAAAUUAUUUUCUUACUUUAGACACAGUUUUUAAAUAUCUGACUUCUUAUUUAGAAACUAAAUUUAAAAUAAGGAAAUUCGUAUUGUAAAAAAAUUCAGAUACAAUAUUCGUUAGGCGGAAAGCUUUUUUACAUUCCGGAAAGUCAUUAUGAACAAAACAGGUUGUAGUCAAGAUGAGAAUCGUAUCAAGUUUAUUAUAGCAGUGAUGACCAAGGAUUAUGUAAAUGCUGAAGUACUAGGAAAGUCCAUACUAGCAAAAGAGCCAACUAAUAUUGUCAUACGUCAAUAUAUGACUUUGAUCCAGGGUGAAAAUUUCGCAAAAAAGACAAGAGAAAGUGACAGUGAUCAAAUUGAGGAAAGUACUUCUGAAAGUGGAGAAAGUGAUUCUGAGCUUGGAAACGAUGUCAAUGAUGAUAUAAACUUAGAUGACUGUCAUUGCAAAAUUGAUUUUUCUUCUCAGAAAUUUUCGAAAAUUUCUUCACCACAUCUGAAAAAAAAAUUAUCAACCCUUCUUAAUUAUAAGGGCAUAUCUGCUAAUUUUGAAAAAAAUGUCUACAGAACUCAGGCAGAAGAUUUCACACAGUAUGCUUCAACAAGAAUCGAAAGUGAUUAAAAGUAGAAAGUCUUGUACCUGCAUAUUGCGAGACCAGCAUACCAGCUGCUGACUCGAGGGUGUUGGUUCUCAGAUCAUCCAGAGAAGCCAGACCAAGCCAAUAUCGGUCCAGGUGACGUCCAAGCAUCCCUACGGUCAUAUUGUUUUCGCUGUAGGAUUCCACGACCAUGAGUUCGCUUCCGUAUCUAAAUAAAUAGGAAAAAGAGAAAUUAUUUUUAAAUAUCAAAAAUCGAGAGGAUCUUCGAAACACAAACUAUGAAGUCUUUAGCUAGAUUCAAGGGCACUUAUGGAAACUCAAGCUCAUUUGACAUUACAUGCUUCAGAGCGAGAGACUCUAUCGUGAAAUCUGCGAGUCGAAUAAGCCAAUAAACUGCCAAUCUUCGGAAUAUCUUACCUUCUGCAUAGCUCUGCUGCUUUUUCCCAUGAAUGCUUGAUGUUGAAGAAUUUGUAACAGUGAAUCCCCCGCAAUUCCCAUCCUGGAACAAAAAUAGAUAUACAUUAGUCAGGUCCAGGAAAAAAAUUCGCUAACUACUAAAACAACAAUUGGCCCACUAAUGAGAGAACAAUAACUUGUAACCAAUACAUGGAGAAAAAUGGAUGUUCAAACGGAGAUGUUAAAAUUUAAGAUGGUGCCACGAAACAUACAGAUAUUGAUUUUUAACAUCUGAAAU